CUUACAGCAGCUCUACGGAGGCAUUGGUUUAAGCUGUUGGUUCUUGAGACCAUUUUCACCAACCUGCCCAACAGCAGACUCCAUCUACUGCGCCUGCAGAGCAGAGGGGACAGGAAGAAAGGUCUGGAGAGUGGUGGAGGCAGGUGUCCCAUCUUCACCCCUCCACCUGAAUGUGGCAUGUGUGCCCGUGAAACUCCAACAGACACUCGUGACCCGGUCAUCUCAGAACGUCCUUCGAGGCAGUGUGGCUGUCUUCAGGGUGGCAGUACAGGUCCUGCCCAGCGUGCAGUCUGAUGCCCAUCCAGCCCUUUGACCACCGGGAAUGGAAUGAGCCUAUGCACUCCCUCCGGAUCAGUGUAGGGGGCCUUCCUGUGCUGGCAUCCAUGACCAAGGCCACGGACCCUCGCUUCCGCCCCCGCUGGAGGGUGAUCCUGACAUCCUUCGCGGGUGCUGCCCUCCUCUGGCUGCUGUACUCCCAUCAUCAGGCCCCCAGGUCCCCUACCCACAAUGCAUACAGCCGGAGAGUCAGCCUGGAGCAUGUCUCUCACUACAAUGACACCUAUCCCCUGUCACCCCCCCAGAGGACUCCAGGUGGGAUUCGGUACCGAAUCGCAGUCAUUGCCGACUUGGACACAGAGUCCAGGGCCCAGGAGGAAAACACUUGGUUUAGUUAUCUUAAGAAAGGAUACCUGACACUGUCGGACAGUGGGGAUAAGGUGACAGUGGAGUGGGAUAAAGACCAUGGAGUCCUGGAGACCCACUUGGCAGAAAAGGGCCGGGGCAUGGAGCUCUCUGACCUGAUCGUCUUCAAUGGGAAACUGUACUCCGUGGACGACCGCACAGGGAUCAUCUACCAGAUCGAAGGCACCAAAGCAGUGCCCUGGGUGAUCCUUUCCGACGGCGACGGGACCGUGGAGAAGGGCUUCAAAGCUGAGUGGCUUGCCGUGAAGGACGAGCACCUGUAUGUGGGUGGCCUGGGCAAGGAGUGGACCACCACCACAGGGGAGGUGAUGAACGAGAACCCUGAGUGGGUGAAGGUGGUAGGCCACAGGGGCAACGUGGACCACGAGAACUGGGUGUCCAGCUACAAUGCUCUGAGAGCUGCCGCUGGGAUCCAUCCUCCAGGCUACCUCAUUCAUGAAUCUGCCUGCUGGAGUGACACGCUGCAGCGUUGGUUCUUCCUGCCACGACGGGCCAGCCAUGAGCGCUACAGCGAGAAGGCGGAUGAGCGCAAGGGCAGCAACCUCCUGCUGAGUGCAGCCCAGGACUUCAAGGACAUCUCUGUGAGCCGUGUGGGGACGCUGGUCCCUACUCACGGCUUCUCAUCUUUCAAGUUCAUCCCUAACACUGACGACCAGAUCAUCGUGGCUCUCAAGUCCGAAGAGGACAGUGGCAGGAUUGCCACCUACAUCAUGGCCUUCACCCUAGAUGGCCGCUUCCUGCUUCCAGAGACUAAGAUCGGCAGUGUCAAAUAUGAAGGGAUAGAAUUCAUCUAGAUGAGUAAGUUCCUGUGCCCAGCAAGACAAGGGCAGAUGGCCUGAGCUGCACCAGGACUCCAGUUUUAUAAAAACCAGAAGAACGCACUUCGUCUUGUCUGCAUUUGUCUGCUGUUUUCUUUUUUUUAACUGAAUUGUGUGCCUGGAUAGAGAUUUCCAGAAUCAGGAACUGAGUCCUAGGUCAUGUGACACAGCCUCCGGAAGCCAGGAGAAAGGGCAGGCAAGGGUUCUGUACAGGACCAGCAGGUCCUCUGCCCACCCAUGCCUCACUCUGCACUGCCUCCUUGUGGUAGGGAUUGGUCACUGCUGCAGGAUCUAGUCAAGCCUCCAAACCGCCCCCCCCCCCCAAUCGCUUUCCUGGCCUCUCGGGCCUUUCCAUGAGUUCUCUGGCCAGUGCACAUCUGUGACAACCAGGUAUGUUGAGUCCUGGUCUCACCCUGGGAGCACAAGGCACCCCUCUCUUCCUCCUAUAUGACCCUAGUGUGCCACACUCUGCAGACCCUUAGAAAAUAAGUGUUUACAUGGCUGGGCGAGGGCCCUGCCCCUGGGGCACACCCACCCACACUGCUGAAGCCACUGUAGCCUGGGACUACUGCUCCCCACGGCCCCAGGGAGGAGUCUGAUUUUAUUAAGGUAAUUUCUUAUAGAGCAGUCACCAAACCUUACCACACAGUGAAGGUGGAGUAUCCACGGCUACUCCCUGUAGUGAGGUAAUCGUCCUCAUAGCCACAGUCUCUGGAUCCUUUGCCUCUGCCUUCACAAGCUGCCAGGUCUCCCCUCCUAGCAGUGGCUGAGGAAGGGCUCUGACUCCAACAGGCCUGCACCUGACUAGAGACCCCCUCCAUGUUGUCCCCUGCAUUUCUUGCUGGCUCCCAGUAGGUGUGCAGCAGCCUUCUCUCCAGGGUCCUCACUGUUCUCUGCUGUCAAAGGCAGCAGAGUCAGGGUCAGAGGUUGUCCUGUAGGUAACAGCCACCCUCAUCCUGCAACACUCUUAGCACAGGACAUCGUUACUGUGAGCAGAGGACCCUGAUAACCCUCUCAGACCCCUCCUACUGGGCAGCCUGAAGGUGACGUCCCCGUGUACUCGCUGUGCUUCUCUGAGAGCUCAGCCUUAGCUCCUUGAUGUGUCAGCUGUGUCAGGGUGUGAGAUUCUAAACGGAAAGCGAUGGAAUGGGGGCCCUCACACCUUCACACCCCUUCCUUCCCUACACAAACACGAUUGUGUCCUUUCCUCCCUCCACUUGCUUUGUGAACAAUAAAGUGUCAGGGGAAUGUU